GUUGAUUUAUUGUAAAUCUGAUAAUAGUAUAGAAUGGUAUCAUAAAUUUAAGGCAUUAGGCCCAUAUGUAAUGAAGGAAACAUGAUCAGGUUGACGUGGUUUAUUCUGCUUGGUUGUUUUCUGGCACAGGCACGAUAUUUAGGUGAACAUUCCAUGGAUGAAAUAGCGGAUGCUGAUAAUACUGACUUAAGCGAGGAGGAAGAAAGGGGAGAUGAUGUUAAACUGUAUGAUCAGUAUCCAGAAGCUAAAUCAGGGUUCUUUGAAGGAGACAUACGCCUACCUGAAAAGACAAAACGAAAAAUCGGAAGUAGAAAGAACACAAGGUUUAGAAAUGCACUCGCGGAAAUAUUUUGGUCUAACAGUUUAUGGCCCCGGGGAAGAGUCCCGUACACUUUGGAUAGUUCUUACACCAAUGAAGAAAAGAAAACAAUCAAGUUUGCAAUGCGCAAAAUCGAAGAAGAGACGAGAGUUGGCGACACGAACUGUAUAACGUUUUACGAUUGGGAAGAGAAAAAUGACACACGUUAUAAGCUUGACAUAGUGAAUGCUCCCGAUGAUAAGUGUUCAUCUACGGUUGGAUUUACUUCAACGAUGUCACAGAGUAUAGAACUCGCUUCAUCUUGUAUCAAUUGGUUGCCUUUUGGUUAUGGGACAGCUAUGCACGAACUAUUGCAUUCACUUGGGCUAUGGCAUGAGCAUACGAGGCCAGAUCGCGACAAGUUUGUCAAGAUACUUUAUGAUAAUAUAGAACCAGAGUCCAGAACAAAUUAUGUGAAACAGAUGGAUUAUGAAGUGAAACAUCUGACUAAGUACGAUUACUAUAGUAUCAUGCAUUAUGGAAUAAAAACUGGUAGUAAGAAUCUUGCAGACAAGACAAUAGAAACAAUGGUCAUACUUGACAAGACUGUGAAAAAAGACAUGGUUGGCCAAAGGACUGGCUUAACGAUAGGGGACAUCAUUGAACUGCAAAUAUUAUAUGGAUGCAAAGAUAUAGAUGAAUGCAAACCAGAGGUACAACAAUGCAGUUUGAAUGCUGAAUGUUCUAACACAAUUGGAAGUUUUACAUGUAAUUGUAAUCCUGGAUACGACGGGGAUGGUAUAGAUUGCACCAAGACAGACCCAUGUGAAGAUAAUAAUAUUGAAGACUGUGCUACAAUAGAUCCUAAAUCAAAAAUACAUCAUCAGCAGAAUGGUUGCAAACUUACUUCAUGUGAUAAGAAUGCAAAAUGUUUGGAUAAGGAAGGAAAAGAAAUAUGUACUUGUAAUGAUGGUUAUUCAGGAAAUGGAAUAACAUGUAAAAACAUAAAUGAAUGCAUUGUGGAUUCUAAUAUAUGUCACACAA